AUGGGCUCUUUUCUUCUUCGAGGAUGGAUUGUGGCCGCAUUAUUACUGCAAACCAGUCUCGCUACGACACUGAUUGCUGAGCCAACUGUGACUCCCACUCCUACUGCUGUGGCGACACAUCAUAACCAGCAUCAUCAUAAGCACCACCACCAUCACCAUUGGUCUUAUGUCUCUAGGCCCCUGCCUAGUCGCAAGCCUUGUCCUGUCCGCUCUUCAUCGGCAGUGCUCGCCUCUAGCGUGAUCCCCACUUCGACUCCUCUUCUAAGUGUAGUUCCUAGUCACUCACCUCGGCCGCAUUGGAGCCAUACACCUGGACCUCACUCGUCAUCUGUGGCUAUUCAGACCCCUUCAGUCCCUGUUUCCACUCCUGUUACCAACCCAUCUAUUGUUGUGUCUGCGUCAGGCUCUGUUUCAUCUGGAACUUCGCAAUUUAGUGGCCCUCCAGGAGCAACCACUGGACUUGGAUCGUCUACUUCACAGGUUAGCAUCUCGACGUCUGCCUCUGAUGAUACCACCACAGUUGUCACUUAUAUCCCUACAUCGACCCAAUCCGGAGCGCUUCAGUCCAGUGUGGCCUCUGGUUCCUCUACAUUGGAGUUGACCACAUCAACGGUCUUUUCUACACGCACGGCUACUAUCACUGCAUGCCCUACUACAGUCCCCAACUGCCCUGCUAGUUCAAAAACCACAUUUGUGACCACGGAGACAAUUCUGGUAUCCACAACAAUCUGCCCUUUUACCGAGACUUCUGGCCCCACCAAGACAGCAGCUGCUUCUCUUUCCGCCACUGGAGGUGCUGGUGAUUAUAGCCAUGGAAACGGUAGCUCAGACUUCACAAUCUCCACCGUCUAUAGUACCCGCACUGCCACCAUCACCGCAUGCCCAUCUUCAGUGACCAAUUGUCCCCUGAGAUCUAAGACCACAUACUUGACCACUGAAACCCUAAUUGUUUCCACGACGGUUUGUCCCGUGGCAGAUGCUACUGGUGUCAACAGCGCUGUGUCUACUAAGAAUAUUACACCUCCUUCUACCACUGAAGCAAUAGGAGGUGGUGAGAAUGGCGCUUCCAAGCUCACCACAUCUACUAUCUUCGCUACCCGCACCGCCACCGUCUUUGCCUGCCCCGAAUCUGUGACUGAUUGCCCCCUGAGAUCAAAGACCUCUUACGCAACAACUGAAACAUUCGCUGUCGCAACGACUGUCUUCCCAGUCUACCCGGGCCACCCAUCCAUCCCAGCCGAAGGCGUCCAAACCAACACUGUCCCCGUGACUGUUGCAAACCCUCAAGCUACCGGUGUUUCUCUCGAAUCUCAAUCUGGCUCUGGGUUUGCAGAAUCAGGCUCAGAUGCAGGUGCAGGCCCAGUCUACACGACGACCAUCGUCGUUGAAUCUUGCUCUGAUGAUGAUACCUGUACCGGGUAUAUCAACACUAUCGUGGUGACCCAGACCAACGCAGCUGAGCCCACCGCAGCUCCCUCUCUUCACACCCCACACCGGGGCUCCGGAGUUGGAGUUAGUGGUUCUGUCUCUGCCUCCUCGACUCAUCUGUGGUUCCCCAGCAGCCACUCUAGUGGGAUGGCCACGGCUACCGUUUCCACUGCGACGGGUGCAGUGAGUCCGGUGUAUACCGGGGCCGCAUCUGGAGCUACUCGGUCGUCGAUAAUGCAGGUUGUGGGUUCUAUAAUGGUUAUUCUCCUGGCGAUCUGUAUCUAA